CAGCUGAUCAGGAGCUUAGAGCCACGCACGGGUGGGUGAUGUAUCCACGUCGGAUAAAGUCACACCCUUUCAUCCUGGGAAAUUUAAAUAAGGUACGAAAGUAAAUUGCGUUUUUGGGACUUUAUUGACAGGAGAAACAUAGAAGACACCGUCGCUGUUUAUGGUUUGUAGUUGAGUGUGAACCAGAAGGCAUGUUCCCCUCUAAGACCCCUGUCCUUUCACCCGAGGCGAAGGCCCGUCUUUACAGGGACCACGAGGGGAAAGUGGGCGAAGGAUUGGCUGGUGUUGUGUAUCUCACGAAAUUCGAAGGCAAGGAAGUUGUCAUUAAGGAGUGCAAAGGUCGUGGCGCUUUUGCCAUCCACGAGGCCGAACAGGAUGCCCUGGAGGCACUCGAAGGAGUCGACGGAGUUCCCAAGAUCCUCGGCGUGAGCUACGACCAGCCCCUUAUCCUGCUGAUGAGCUUCUGUGGGGAAAAGACACUGGAGGAUGUGAUCAGCGGUCCAAAACUUUCGGACAGUAUUUACCUCUCCCUUCUGCGGUCUUUGGCGACGACCCUCUCGAGCAUCCACGCACGGAACUACGUCCACAACGACCUGAAGACCGACAACAUCGUUGUCGACCGAGACCCGCCUGACGAAGGAGCCCGCGCGUACGUCGUCGACUUCGGACUCGCGCGACCGGUGGGCGAAAUACUUGUUACGAAUGCCAUCCGGUACGGCUACCACGAGAGCUUCUUCUGGAUGCCGCCCGAGAACUUUCAGAUGAAAUCAUGCGCAACUGCCGCUGACGUGUGGUCACUUGGUUACGUAGUCAGGGCAGUGCUCCGGGAGGUCCAGUGGGAUAGAUACCCGAAAUGCUUGGACAGCGUCGUGGACAAGUGCAUGGUGAUAGAUCCCAGCCAACGCAUGGCCAUCCCUGAAGUUAUUAAGUACAUCGACGACGCUGUUGGUACUAUGUAUAAUGAUUUUUUGUCUUCUUCCUAGUCUGUUAAUGUUGAUCUGGCAAAGGCUCAUGUUUUGUCCAUUUAAUUUUUUUACUUUCUUGUUAAAAAGUAUAUGCUAUGUUGUACAAAUUUUGCUUUUAUUAUGCUUUAAUACCUCGAGUUCUGAGGACUUAUGUUCAUGAUUAUGUGAAUAAAUAGACAUAUUUGGA